GACACCAUAACCUUCAAGUUCCCAGCCACACUUGUUCCUCAUCAGAACACCAUAAGUGUGUUUUGCUUCAACAAGUUAUCCAAAAAAAGUGUUUGAUGGCUUCUUCUUCUUUGCUUCCCUCUCCACCUUCUAAUAUUAUGCUCAAUAAAUCAACUUUUAUUUCCAGUCCCAAUUUCUUAUUUACAACUUGUGUUAAUAGUCGCAGACCAAGGUAUUGUUACAAGUCUGGAGUAGUAGCUAAGUCUGUGGAACAUAUACCUAAACAGUUCAGACAAGAAAAUCUCAAAGAUGGACUACUGAACAACUAUAAGAAUGCCCCUCAGUAUCUGUAUGGCCUUACUCCGUCACAGAUGGAUAUGUUCAUGACAGAAGAUAACCCAGCCCGACGACAGUCAGAAAGUGUCACUGAAGACACUAUAUCUUCAGCCAAUAACUAUCUGAACAAUGGUGGAAUGUGGAGUAUGUCAGGCACACAUGAACGAGGCCCUGCACAAUGCAGCAUGAGCGUCAGCAUGUACCGUGGAGGAGCAAGAGGAGGAGGAUCUGGAAGACCCAGAACUGCGCCUCCUGAUUUGCCAUCUUUGCUUUUAGAUGCUAGAAUUGUCUAUCUCGGCAUGCCUAUUGUAGAAGCUGUUACAGAGCUUCUUGUUGCUCAGUUUAUGUGGUUGGAUUAUGACAAUCCAUCAAAGCCUAUAUACCUAUAUAUAAACUCAUUUGGUACCCAGAAUGAGAAUAUGGAGACUGUCGGUUCUGAAACAGAGGCCUAUGCAAUUGCUGACACAAUGGCAUACUGCAAAUCAGAUAUCUAUACAGUGAACUGUGGCAUGGCUUUUGGUCAAGCAGCAAUGCUUCUGUCCCUAGGAAAGAAGGGAUUCCGUGCCAUGCAGCCAAAUUCAUCUACCAAAUUGUAUUUACCUAAGGUCAGCAAAUCCAGUGGAGCAGCAAUAGAUAUGUGGAUAAAGGCCAAAGAACUAGAAUCAAACUCGGAGUAUUACCUUGAACUAUUAGCAAAGGGAACUGGAAAACCAAAGGAAGAAAUCGAGAAAGAUAUCCAACGCCCUAAAUAUUUCCGGGCACAAGAGGCCAUUGACUAUGGCAUUGCGGACAAGAUUAUUGAUUCAAGAGACAGUGCAUUUGAGAAACGGAACUAUGACGAGAUACUCGCCCAAUCUAGAGCUAUGAGGAGUAAAGGACCAGGUGCUCAAGCUGCUCCAUCCGGGUUCAGGUGAUUGAAAGAGUUAUAACGGUCCCAAAAUUUCAGGAACAACUGAUGUUCCUGUCUAGUUUUGAGGAACAAAGUGGCUGGUUACUUUGUCUAUGCCCCGUAAAAUACAACUGGGAGAAAGCACGUCUCUUAGAGAUCUGAUUUGCCUUUUGAGGUAUAUGAAUUUACGACUAUUAUGCACAGGUUUGCGAAAAUAUUCACAAUGUCAAUUGUGUGUACCAAUAUAGAAUCAGAUAGUGACAGUGCAUGGUAUAAAUGAAUAUAAAGCUCUCAUGUAAUUUUUCUUUAUCAUGUUUCGGAUCAUUUGUCAGUUCGCAAUUUUAUAUGUAUGGUUGAUUGUUGUA